AUGGUCUUGAGAACCAGGAAAAGACAGUCUACUAUUCGGGGUCCAGACCCUACAAAGCGCAGAAGAGUUGAUUCUGCUGUUGAGGAAGUACUUUCACGGCUCAAAAAUUUUCACUCAAAUAAGUAUUUAACUUCUGGCACUGUCCUUACACUGGGAUCAGGGGACACUGGUCAGCUUGGGCUUGGGCCUGAUACGACUGAGCGCACUAAACCAGCCCGUUUUAGCUCAACGAGUCUCAAAUCCGCAGGCCUGACAGAUGAAACAGCGGAAAACUUCGUUCAAGUUGAAGCUGGCGGUAUGCACACAGUUUGCCUUGACAACAAAGGCCGUGUUUUCACUUUCGGCUGUAAUGAUGAGGGAGCUUUGGGUAGACCUUCGACGGAUAUACCUCCGGAGGAAGGUGAAGAAGGUGGUCCCAUAGAGGAAUCUAGACCUGGGAUUGUAACCUUUCCUGAGAAUGUCAAAAUCAUAAUGAUUUCUGCUGGCGAUAGUCACAGUGCCGCUUUGGAUAGUUCCGGUCGAGUUUGGCUUUGGGGCACAUUCCGAGGUGCAAAUGGUGCUAUCGGUCUGACCAAGGAAAGUGAAAUUAGUCGUGCCCCAGUCCUUCUCUCCUCCUUCACCGAUCGAGUUGUCGUGAAAAUCGCAUCGGGUCAGGAUCAUCUGGUUUGUCUCACAGAUGAUGGACUUCUCUUCACCAUGGGCUGUGGCGAACAGGGGCAGUUAGGUCGAAUCGCUGAGAGGUUCGCUAAGGAUGGAGGCCGUAAUGGCAUCGAAUCAGCACCAGGGGUUUCUGUUGUGUGA